UUCGGCGCGGGUUGCCAAAGGUGGGUGCGGGGAGGUGCAAAAAAUAUGGAACGCUUCACGAAUUUGCGUGUCAUCCUUGCGCAGGGGCCAUGCUAAUCUUCUCUGUAUCGUUCCAAUUUUAGUAUAUGUGCUGCCGAAGCGAGCACGAAUCCCUCUUCCCCCACAGGGCAAUUUAAAGGCUUGGGAUAGCAAUGUUUUAAGGUCAGGGUGACCCAAUGGGGGCUUGUUAUUAAAGGCAUAAUUAGCCCCUAGAAUUUUUCACAGUGGGUCGCCCCUUUAUUUUCCUUGGAUUUCCCUAAAAUAUCCGAAAUCCGCCGAUUAUGUUUGCUCUCUGUGCCCGGUGGGUUCUGGGUAGUUUCUUAUGCUAAUUAAGACCCCUGGCCGGCUCUCUGAGGGUGUCCGCGGCGGUGCCUGAGCGCGCGGCGCAGGCGCGGCUGGGGCAGCCCGCGGAGGCGCCGGGGUCCUGGCGAGCGGCGGGUGCCGGUGAGUGCGGCGGGAGCGGGAGCGGCGGAGGGACUCCUGAGGCAGCCCCGACCCCCUCCUGUGGCAUUCCCGCCAGCCCCGGCAACCUCCGGCACCUCCCCGUGUCCACCCCGAGUCCGUCCCCGGGUUCCCCCGCCCGCCGUAGGGGCCGGGCCGGCGGGAUGGACCUGGCGUACGUGUGCGAGUGGGAGAAGAAACCCAAGAGCAACCACUGCCCCUCCAUCCCCCUCGUGUGCGCCUGGUCCUGCCGCAACCUCAUCGCCUUCACCACCGACCUCCGCAAUGAGGAGGAGAAAGAUCUCACCCACAUGGUCCAUAUCAUUGACACCGAGCACCCCUGGGAUGUCUACUCUGUGAACUCGGGCCACACUGAAGUCAUCACGUGUCUGGAGUGGGAUCAGUCAGGCUCCAGGCUGCUCUCGGCAGAUGCUGAUGGCCACAUCAAGUGCUGGAGCAUGACAGAUCACCUGGCCAACAGCUGGGAGAACACGGUGGGCAGCGUGGUGGAGGGGGACCCAGUGGUGGCCCUGUCCUGGCUGCACAACGGUGUCAAGCUGGCAUUGCAUGUGGAGAAGUCUGGAGCCUCGAACUUCGGCGAGAAGUUUUCCCGGGUGAAAUUCUCUCCGUCGCUGACGCUGUUUGGUGGGAAGCCCAUGGAGGGCUGGAUUGCCGUGACCAUCAGUGGGCUGGUCACCGUGUCCCUCCUCAAGCCCAACGGGCAGGUGCUGACGGCCACCGAGAGCCUGUGCCGCCUCCGCUGCCGCGUGGCCUUGGCCGACGUCGCCUUCACGGGCGGGGGCAACAUCGUGGUGGCCACGUCUGACGGCAGCAGCACGUCCCCCGUGCAGUUCUACAAGGUCUGCGUCAGCGUGGUGAACGAGAAGUGCAAGAUCGACACCGAGAUCCUGCCGAGCCUCUUCAUGCGCUGCACCACGGACCCCGCGCGCAAGGACAAGUACCCGGCCAUCACCCACCUGAAGUUCCUGGCUCGGGACAUGUCAGAGCAGGUGCUGCUUUGUGCUUCCAGCCAAAACAACAGCAUUGUGGAGUGCUGGUCCCUUAGGAAGGAGGGCCUGCCUGUCAACAACAUCUUCCAGCAAAUCUCUCCCGUGGUGGGAGACAAGCAGCCCAUGAUCCUGAAGUGGCGGAUCCUGUCUGCCACCAACGACCUGGACCGGGUGUCGGCUGUGGCGCUGCCAAAGCUGCCAAUCUCCCUGACCAACACCGAUCUGAAGGUGGCAAAUGACACCAAGUUCUUCCCUGGACUGGGCCUGGCCUUGGCUUUCCAUGAUGGCAGUGUCCACAUCGUGCACCGGCUGUCGCUGCAGAUGAUGGCCGUGUUCUACGGCUCCUCCUCGCAGCGCCCUGUGGAUGAGCCGGCCCUCAAGCGCCCGCGCACCGCGGGGCCCCUGGUGCACUUCAAGGCCAUGCAGCUCUCCUGGACCUCGCUGGCCCUGGCUGGCGUGGACAGUCACGGGAAGCUGAGCAUGCUCCGCAUCUCCCCCUCCAUGGGCCACGUGCUGGACAUGAACAUGUCCCUGCGGCACUUGCUGUUCCUGCUGGAGUACUGCAUGGUGACCGGCUACGACUGGUGGGACAUCCUGCUCCACGUCCAGCCCAGCAUGGUGCAGAACCUGGUGGAGAAGCUGCACGAGGAGUACAUGCGUCAGAACGCGGCCCUGCAGCAGGUGCUCUCCACACGCAUUGUUGCCAUGAAGGCGUCGCUGUGCAAGCUCUCCUCCAGCACCAUCGCCCGUGUGUGUGACUACCACGCCAAGCUCUUCCUCAUCGCCAUCAGCUGCACCCUGAAGUCGCUGCUGCGUCCACACUUCCUCAACACCCCUGACAAGAGCCCUGGGGACCGGCUCACCGAGAUCUGCUCCAAGAUCACGGAUGUAGACAUUGACAAGGUGAUGAUUAACCUGAAAACGGAAGAGUUUGUCCUGGAGAUGACGACGUUGCAAUCCCUGCAGCAGCUCAUCCAGUGGGUGGGGGAUUUUGUGCUCUACCUGCUGGCCAGCCUUCCCAACCAGGGCUCCCCGGUGCGCCCUGGCCACAGCUUCCUGCGCGACGGCGCGUCCCUCGGCAUGUUCCGGGAGCUCAUGGUGGUGAUCCGCAUCUGGGGGCUGCUGAAGCCCAGCUGCCUCCCCGUGUACACAGCAACCUCAGACACCCAGGACAGCAUGUCCCUGCUCUUCCGGCUCCUGACCAAGCUCUGGCUGUGCUGCCGUGAGGAAAAUCACAUCACGGAGCCUGAUGAUGCCCUGAUCGAUGAGUGCUGCCUCCUGCCCAGCCAGCUGCUCAUUCCCAACAUUGACUGGCUGCCCAUCAACGAUGGCAUCAUCAGCAAGCUGCAGAACAAGCAGCUGGUUCGCCUGCAGUUUGGGAAGGCUCCCGGGCUCGUUGGCCACACUGUCUCUUCCCAGUUCGAUGCCUUUGUCAGGGCCCCUGGACAGCCCAAAAUUGACCACCUGAGGCGGCUGCACCUGGGCGCGUACCCAACAGAGGAAUGCAAGUCCUGUACCAGGUGUGGCUGUGUCACCAUGCUGAAGUCACCCAACAAGGUGACAGCAGUGAAGCAGUGGGAGCAGCGCUGGAUCAAGAACUGCCUGUGUGGGGGGCUGUGGAGGAAGAUGCCCCUCAGCUACUCCUGAGCCCUUCCUGGGGUGCAGUGGGAGCCAAGAGCUGCACAGGGCUCCCUUCACUGAGGUUUUGGGACAAGGGAAUGGCAGCUCCUUUCCCUCCUGCUGGAAAAGCUGCUGCUGUUCAUCCUUGGUUGAGCUGUGCUGGAAAACAGAGCUGAGGGAGCUCUGCCUCUUUUACCAGGGAAGAGCUGGAAAGGAAUGCCAGAGGUUUCCCCAUCAUUUGGGGCCCAGGAGGGGAGAGUCUGGUUGUGUUUUGGGGCUGUGCCAACACAGCAGUGAUGUCCUGGCAGCUGCCCUGGCCUAGGCAGAGUGGUGAUGGGGCAGCUGGUGAGGAACAGAGCCCAGCUGAGGGGAGCACAGCUGGUACCUCACAUCCAUCCUGUGCCUCCGGCUCCACGUGGGCUGGGCAUUCCUAAUCCUGCUGCAAACUCAUCCCUGAGACAGGAGUUGGCUCCUGUGUGCCCAUCAAUGGUGGAAUGGGAGCAGGAAUGUGAGUGCUGCCUUUGCCUCUUAUUGUAAAUAAAAAUUCUCCUAAUUUUGUACAGAACCAUGUGGUUUGUUUCUGUGGUGUGACGUGGCUGCCCAGCGUGGGGCUGGGGCAGCAGGAGGGCUGCCAGAGCAUCUGUCAGGAAAGGAACCACCAUUGUUGGGAAAAGGGGAAGGGGAAAUGGAUGUUUUCAAGUUUCACCUUAUUUUCCUCACUCGAGGAAAAAACAUCAGAUCCUUGGGGUUGUGUAAGCCUCCAGCUUCAGCAAGGCUGGACACUUGAGCUUGCCAGAGGAAGAGCAUUUCUGGUGCAGCCAAAAGUCCUUUCAGACUUUUGCCUUCCUUUGCCCUCAGCUGCUGCUGCCCCAGGCAGGAAAUCACAACCUCCUGGAGCCAGCGUGGCUGUGCCUGUGGACCCCCAGCCCUUCGGGGGUGAUCUGGCCAGCUCCUCUCUCACAGGUCCUGUGGCUCUUAGGGAGAAAAGCCUGGAUCCUGCUGCUGCUGCUGCAUCCCAGCCAGCAAUUCCAGGUCCCCACAGACCGUUUAAGAGAGGGAGUGAGCCAGUCUUAGUACAUUCCUUCCCUCUGGAACCAUGAUUUCAUUAUUCUUGAGAACGAGCUGGUGACAGAGUUCAUCCCUUGACUCCAGCGAAUGUUUUGCUGCACAGAGCUGUAAGAGCUGUACAGAGCUCUCCCCCUCUGCUCUGCUGGUAAUUAGGGACAAUCAAAUGGCUAAUUAGGAAACUGCACCUUAUUAAGGCUCCUUUCCCCUGUAAGUAAAACUCAAACCUCUGUGAGCUCCUUAUAGAACAGGUUUGGGGUUAUUUAAUGUUUGAUUGGGAAGAGGGAACAGCAGCACAGCAGGGGGAUGGAGACACAUUCAUGUCCCCCUUAGCCCCCAGCUGAGCUCCUGGGGUGGGACUGGGUUUGGCAGUGCCCUGGGCCGUGCUGCUGCCCUGCUCCCAUCUCUUGGGCCUUGGCUCUGCUCCCUGCAGCGACAGGGCAGUGGCAGUGGGAGAGCAGCGGUCAGGGGUGACCAGGGCUGUGGUGGGACGAUGGGGGCUCUGCCCUGCCCUGCCCUGCCCCUCGGCUUCUGGGACAAGAGGGUCACAGUGAGAAUCCUGUUAGGUUCCAGCACGGAUCCCACUGUGGGAGCCAGAGCUGCCACUGCCGUAUCAGCAAUGGGCAGAUUCCGCUUUCCAAAUAUUCACACAAUGACCCUGCGGGAGGUCUCAGAUCUCGAUCGUUGUGGCCACACUGCAGGAUGUGGGCACUGCU